AUGGUUCAAAUAAAACAUUUCGGGAAUCAAAAAGCAGUUCAUAAUAUAAAGUACAUCAGCGUGAAAUCAUCUUCUUGCUCAAUGCGAACAACAGAAAAUCUCAGCAUAAAUGAGAUUGAAUUGAAUGCGGCAUCCAUGAAAUUGAAAGAAGGCACAAAUUCCAAAACGUAUAGUGAUGAGGGUUUAAACCCGGCAAAUUAUUCAUCGAAAAUGUGGAGUUGUGAACAUAGACAAAGUGUGAAAGAAUGA